AUGACCAUCACCACACCCUUUCACUAUCUGGUUAACCGACUCGGCCAAAUGGCCCUGAAGGAAUCCUCAGAUCCAUCUCCACACGCCCACUUCGAGCUAUUGCGGAUGAUCGACCAGCUGAGGUCUGCAGUGGAAACGCCAACAGAAACUGUGCUGCGUCUGAUCUACCAGCCUCCUCAAAAUGCCGCGCUGCGCGUUGUCAUCGAUCUGGGCAUUUUCGCUAUGCUUGUAGAGAAGCGCCACAGAGGAACGGGACUCUCAGCCGCUCAGCUAGCCAAAUACACGGGCGCCGAACAAGACCUAAUUGUACGCCUGAUGCGCGUUAUGGCUUCUCUUGGGCUGUGCGUCACACCGACCCCCGAUGUUUAUGUCGCCAAUGACAAGACCGUGGCAUUGACUCGUCCGAUUGGGAGAGACGGAAUCCCAUGCAUUUACGAUCUUACCUUUCCAACAUUGAGCAAACUCCCAGAGUAUCUUCGGGCUCAUGGAUAUGCCAACCCCCAGGAUUAUACUGAGUCACCUAUGCAAUGGGCUGUUGGACAGAGUCAGUUCGAGUGGCUUUCGAGUCAUCCGGAGCAGCAGGAGCUGUUCAACUCGUACAUGACUAGCCGUCGCGAGGGUAAACCGAUGUGGUACGAUAUAUAUCCCAUCGAGCGACUGUUUGGUCACGCUGUCCCAUACAAAGAUACGGUCUUCCUGGUAGACAUUGGUGGCAACCAGGGACAUGAUCUGGGCAAGUUCCGCCGGGAAUACGGUAAUCUUCCGGGCAGAAUGGUUCUGCAGGAUUUGCCAAGCGUCGUUGAGCGGGUCGAUGGCGAGAGCGCAGGAAUCGAGGUGAUGGGAUACAAUUUCAUGGAUUCUCAACCCGUCAAAGGCGCCCGUGCGUACUACUUCCGUUCCAUCUUCCAUGACUGGGAUGACGAAAUCAGUCGAAAGAUCCUGCGAAAUACGGUAUCAGUGAUGGCGCCGGAUUAUUCUCGAAUUCUCAUUGUGGAUUUCGUGCUGCCAGACACCGAUACGCCUCUGAUGCAGGCUUCGCUGGAUAUUCAGAUGAUGAGUAUUGGAGCUGGUGUCGAACGGUCGGAGCGACAGUGGAGAGAUCUCUUGCAUAGUGCUGGACUGGAGAUCACAGGGAUUUGGAAUCAGAGCCCGGCGAUGGAGUCGGUGAUUGAAGCGGUGCCAAUGUUGAAAUAG